AUGCACCCUUCCUCAUCAGGAAAAAAAGAACCCAAGAAAUCCAAGCUAGUCACGCCGGACGUGCCUCAUGAGCUGAUUGCGACACAGAUCCUUGUCCAUCUUCCCGUCAGGUCGCUGCUGCGGUUUAGAUGCGUUUGCAAGUCAUGGCACCACACCAUCGACAACGACUACUUCAUCCAAGCACACCUCCGUGUCCGCAACCUAUCCCUCCUCGUCGCCCCGCUGAUCAAGAACACCAACGAUGACCGCGGAGAAGAAUUCAUCAUCGCCGGCUUGCACCGUUGGGAUCACAAGCGUAACCCGGGUGGCGCCGCGGCAGCUACCCUAAUACACGACAUGGCUGACUACGACCACUUACCCUUCCCCGACAAGAGAAACGCGCACGACCUCGCGCACUGCGACGGCCUAGUGCUGCUGCCCACCGAUGCCAAGGUGAUCGUGCUCAACCCAGCCACACGGCGCGUCCUCACGCUUCCCUCCAGCCCGCACUCCGUGAGGCCUCCUAGACUCCCAGCCCACAUCCGAGGCCAUCAGGCCUUUGGCUUCGGCCAUGACCUUCGCUCCAGCGCCUACAAGGUUGCUCGAUUCUUCUACCGCUGUGACAAGGAUGGCUACCACUGCACCACGGGGAUGGAGGUGUUCACCCUGAAAACGGACAAGCAUUGGCGCGAGACAGCUGUGCCACCACCGUACCCGGUCAUGGCAGGGCGAACUGCGACCUUCUUCAAGGGCUCCUUGCUCUGGACAGCCCAGGCCUCGCUUCUGCCCAACACCCAGGGCUUCAUCCGCUUUAACUUGGAAGAUGAGUCCUUCAGCAUCACGCCGCCACCGCCUACUUGUGGCCCAGGGCUAGACUAUGCGGCAUCCAGCUUAGCCGAGCUACGAGGAGAGUUGUGCCUAUGCGUGCCUGGUCAGCGAGGAGCCGACGGAAGUUCGCUAGAGAUGUGGAUGUGCGCCGAUCUUGGUACCAAUGAUGAGGCACCCCGAUGGCACCGGCGCUAUAUCAUCCGCUUCGCCCCCUUUUGUAGGUGGAGGUAUUUUCGUCUAAUUUCCAUGCUUGAUGAGGAGCCCGUGUUCCAAGCCGGGUCCGACCAUCUCGUGCUCUACGGUAUCCAGAAUGGAGAUGGUGUCUUCAAUGAUAUGGUCAGCCUCAAGGACACAAUGUAUCAGAAUGCCGAUAAUGACAGCAAACACAGUCAUAUGCUUGUCGAGUACAUUGAUGUGAUCCCCUACGUCGAAAGCCUGGUUCCACUCUAG